GAACACGGUUCGGAAACAUUACUAAAUCAAGUCCAUACAGUCGGCAUAUAACCCAAACCAUCUCUUCGACUGUAUGCUGUAAACGAUUUUUAUUAGUAAAUCUAUACUGAAUGAAAUGUCAAAUCUAUAAUGACUGGAUUGCAAAUGUUAUACAAACAGCUGUUGCAGUGUGCAGAUCUAAAACAGUGACAGUAUUGAAUCAGUCUCGUUACCUCGAGGAGUCACGGAUAGUCCAAUAAAAGGACUGCUUUUAGAGUAAUAUGGCGUGCGAAACGUUUGUAAAAGAAUUUCAAUCUGAUAAUUUAGGACUAAAUCAUGACACUCCUGCAGACUUUGUCCGUUCCCAGUGGCCUAUUAGUCAAAAGCUUUACAUGGGUUGUCGCUUGAUUGUGUCAACGGCUAUGAUUGGUUGGUUUCUGGCAGACAUUGUCUACGAAUCAGCUGCUUUCUAUCAGGACCGUACUUGGACUUAUGCUGUUUACGCCACUAACUGGAGUUUCUUCCUGUUGGUCGUCACAAGUGUAUACCAGACAAUGUGUAGUUUGUUCUACACAAUCAGGACUGAGGAAAACCUAGAUAGACACUUUGACAGGAUGCCGCUCUCCUUGAAGAUUCUUUGGGUGCUAAAAAACCUAAGUUAUAAUUCAGCGUUUAUCGUGACCAUGUCUUAUUGGGCAUUUAUAUCUUUCCUAGAUCAUAGCAAGCUAUUCCAGACAGAUUUAAGCAGACUGAAGCACACUAUGAAUUCUGUCUACGUUUUACUGGACAUGAUGAUAUCGGCCACUCCAUUCCGACUUUUACACAUGUUAUACACGAUGGCUUUGGGAUCCGUGUAUUCCUUGUUCAAUGCUAUAUAUUUUCUGAACGAUGGAACAAUUUUGGAGGGACGACAUUACGCCUACAACGUCCUGAACUGGGUAAAACCCACGGAGGCUAUAGUGACGUGUACGCUGUGUAUUGUCUUGGCAAUACUUAGUCAGACGUUACUAUUCUUGUUGUAUAGGUUGCGUCUAUGGAUAUUCUCUAAAGUGUAUUUCAAAGAACAUUCUUUGGCACCGUUGGAUGACUUCGAAUCUGAGAUGAGCAGUAUUAUUUCGGAACAAACUACAUACAAGUACACAAUGGAGUAAACGAGUACCGACAAUAUUAUAAUGAAAAAUCAAAAGUGAAGUCCUUAGAUCAAGUACAUAUAUUUACAUAAUGUUACAGUAUUCUAAAUGCGUAUAUUUCGUACCUGUUUCAGUAAUAAUCACGCACAUGAUUCAAAAUAGAAAAAAAACCCACUUAUAUGUACAGAUAUCUACGUUCAAGCUUCCCAUACAACAAAGUCAAAUAAAUGUUCAAACAUACUUUUGUAUAUUAUGUAUAUGUGGAUUAAAAAUGCAGGUGCUCUCAUACAUGAUAUGGAUUUGUAUAUGAUCUACUACUUAACUUCUUGUGUAAUUUCAAGUCACGUUGAUUAAAAGAAUGAUAUUCCAGUA